AUGGUUAUAUUUCCCAUGUAUUGUCAUAAUUUCUCUGCCAAGUAUGAGCCUCUACAGAUCUAUAGCAUGUCUGUCACCGAUGGUCGGGAAAUCAAGUCCCAGCAGAGUGAGGUGACCUGCAUCCUGGAUGGGAAGCACAUCCAGUACCAGCUAGAGGAUAUCUCCCAGGGCAACUUCCUGUGGGAUAAGAUGCAAGUCUUCAUGGACAACCCUAAGGCCACCCCACCCCAGAUUGUCAGUGGGGACCAGCACUUUGGAGAUUAUGAACUCUUUGUGGAGGCUGUGGCACAAAACACACUGCAAGAGUUCCUGAAACUGGCCUGA